AUGGCUCCAUCGCGGACCGUCGAUCGCCAGCCGCAGGGCAGACGAGCGGAGUCCGAAAGCCGGUCCGGAGAUAUGCGGUCCUGUCUCCUGUCUCCUGUCUUCCCCCUCGCCGUCCAACCAGCCCCCUACACCCCCCCGGGCCCCACCGAAAUCGUCACCCGCAACCACGCCCUCAGCAUCAACCCCGUCGACUGGGCCAAGCAAACCCUCGGCAACAUGCUGCAAUCCUUCAUCAAAUACCCCGCCAUCCUGGGCAACGACGUCGCCGGCGAGGUCGUGGAGGUAGGGAGCGCCGUCACGCGCUUCAAACCCGGGGACCGCGUGAUCGGCCAAGCGUGCAGCGUGGUUCCCAGCGCGAAUCGCGCCUGCGAGGGCUCGUUCCAGCUGUAUACCGUGCUGCGCGAGCAUCUGGUCUCUCGGAUUCCGGACGGGAUGGCGUUUUCGGAUGCGGUCGUGUUGCCGUUGGGGGUGAGCACGGCGGGUUAUGGGCUUUUUCAUGCGGAGUUUUUGGGGUUGAGACUUCCUGUGCCGGUGGCGAGGGGGGUGGAUGAGGGUGAGGGCGACGGCGAGGGAGAGGGCGAGGAGGCAGGGGAAGAGAAAGAAGCCGUCCUGAUCACCGGUGGCGCCUCCAGCGUAGGCAGCUGCGCCGUGCAACUCGCCACGGCGGCCGGAUACGCCGUGUACUCGACGGCGUCGCCGAAAAACCACGCCUACGUGCGGGAUCUCGGCGCCGUGGCGGUCUUCGACUACCGGAGCGCCACCCUCACCGACGACCUGGUCUCCGCCCUUGCCGGCAAGAAGGUGCACGGCGCGUACGCGAUCGGCAACGGCGCCGUCGAGACCUGUCUGGCGGUGCUGGCGCGCAGCAACACCACCAAGCGGUUCGUGGCGUACGCCGCGCCGCCGUGGCCGAGCGAGUUGCCCACCAGCACCGCCGGGGUGGUCUCGAUGGUGGGCUCGACGGUGUGGUGGAUGGGGUCGACGGCCCUCAAGUCCGCCACGAAGAGGAUCAGGACCCGGUUUGUGGAUGGGGAUGAGUGGACGAAGAGCGAUGGGGAGAUGAUGCGCGUUUGGAGGGACUUUUUGCCCCAUGCGUUGGAGUCGGGGCAGAUGAGGCCCAGGCCUGAGGCCCAGGUCGUGGGAACGGGGUUGGAGAGUAUUCAGAUGGCCAUGGAUGUGCAGAAGGGGGGGGUCUCGGCCAAGAAGAUCGUUGUUACGUUGUAG